AGUAAUCCCAAUUGCAAUUGUUCAAUUCUUACUUGAACUCCUGCAUUUCAUAUGCACUCUUAACAUUUUUUAUGCCUCUGUCUCAUGGUCUUUGACUCAUAAUCAAUCUAGGAUAGCAUUGCUUACUCUAACUGCAUCAUUUAUAGACAUCCAAAGCAUCGAACAUGAUUACUUCUUACGUGAUAGGGUUGUUACUAUUAAUUGAGAUCUUAAUGAGUGGAGCUAGGCUUGGUGUAGAUGCUCUAUCCAUGAAUUAUUAUGCUAUGAGCUGUCCUUUUGUAGAGAUGAUUGUGAGGAAUGUUGUGAAUGAAGCUCUGCGUCAAGAUCCUACUGUGGCUCCAGGACUUCUGAGAUUGCACUUCCAUGACUGUUUUGUCCAGGGAUGUGAUGGAUCAGUUCUUAUUGACUCUACAAAGGAUAACACUGCAGAGAAGGACUCUCCUGCAAACCUAAGCUUACAUGGCUUCGAGAUCAUCGAUCGAGCCAAGCUAAUGAUCGAGCGUCAGUGCCCUGGAGUUGUUUCAUGUGCUGAUAUCCUUGCGCUAGCAGCCAGAGAAGCAGUUCUCUUUACUGGAGGUCCCUUGUAUGAUGUAGCAACAGGAAGAAAAGAUGGGAGAAGGUCCAAAAUAGAGGACACAAUCAACUUGCCUGCACCAUUCUUUAACACCACAACCCUUAUAAAUAUGUUUGGGCAGCAUGGAUUUGAUGUUCAGGAGCUCGUGGCCUUAGCUGGAGCUCACACUUUGGGUGCAGCAAGGUGCUCGUCGUUCAAGCACCGGCUGAGCAAAUUCGACUCCAGCCAUGAUGUCGAUCCGACCUUGAAUUCAAAUUUGGCAAUGAUGAUGUCAAGAACAUGCAUCCAAGGAGAUAAUGCAUCAAUGCCCCUUGAUUGGACACCGAACUCAUUUGACAAUGUCUAUUUUAAUGCACUGCAGAUGGGAAUGGGCCUUCUGUUCUCUGACCAGGCAUUAACCACAGACCCCCAAACACAAGGCCUUGUUAAUUUUUUCGCCAUGAAUCAAGAUAUGUUCUUCUUCAAUUUUCAGCGGGCAAUGGUUAAGAUGGGAUUGCUUGAUGUUAAGGAAGGUGAUGAAGGAGAGAUCAGGCUAUAUUGCCACAAAGUUAACUAAUGGUUGUUUGUCUAACUUGUUCAGGUUCAGGCUUUGAAUUAAAUCUAUGUAAUCUUAUCUUUGCCUAUAUGAAUAAAAUGGACAUACAAGGUUGUAAUGUAUUAUAGUAUCAA